CAUCGAGCUGCUUGGUGGAGUUUAGAAAAUCCUCACUUUAAAAAAACAAAAGAAGAGAAAAAAAAAACUGUGUACAAUAAUGACAACUACUGUUAAGCAUAGCUCAGGUGAAGUGGGGAGGACCAAUAUUGUGAUUUAUGGAGAGUGAAUUUUUGUUAUUGGCAGGCUCUUAUAUCUAACUCACAUGUGCUUCUUUUGUGUUUAGUUCCAUUUGAUACAUAUUUCACAUUGAUUUUAGGAGGGAUUUGUGUACCACCAUGCUGAGCCUACUUACCUCAUGCUUGUUUACUGGAUUCCUAAGACAGAAAACACCCUUCCUGCAAAUGCUUCACAUCGGGUUGGUGUCGGUGCUAUUGUAUUCAAUGAGAACAGAGAGUUGCUUGUAGUUCAGGAAAAAACCGGUCGUUUCCGAGGAACAGGAAUUUGGAAAAUUCCUACUGGAACUGUUGAACAGGUACGUGUUAGCAUAAAGGGUUUGUAAAGAGGACAAAAGUCUGUUCAUGUUUCUGUGAUACAUUAAGGAGCUGUCAAGUGUACAGGGUGAGGAUAUCUUUAAGGCAGUUGUACGAGAAGUCAAAGAAGAAACUGGAAUUGACACAGAAUUUUUGGAAGUACUAGGAUUCAGGUAUACUUCACACACAAUAUUUCUUACUGUGAUGUGUGUGUGUAUCUUAUUUAUGGAGUAUUGGAUGUUUUCUCCUUUUUAAUUCUUCAUUCCCUCUUUUACCUGGAUCUGUACCUUACAAUAACAUUUUUUUUGCCUUCAUUGUUUUUAUCUGUUAUGUUUUGACUUGAACUUCAGACAAUCACAUAAAUCAUUCUUUGAGAAGUCGGAUUUAUUCAUCAUAUGCAUGUUGCGUCCAUUAUCCUUUGAUCUUCAGGUGCAAGAGCAAGAGAUCGCUGCAGUCCAGUGGAUGCCAUUUGAAAAAUAUGCAGCACAACCUUUUGCUCAGAAACAUGAGCAAUCCAGAUACGUUACGGAAUUAUGCUUAGCAAAGCUAGACGGAGCCUAUGCCGGAUUUUUCCCACAGCCUAUAUCAUCAUCAGCAUCUAUUGACGGUUUGAGUUACUUUUAUUUUAAUAACAAGAAUCUCCAUCAACCAAGCACUGCAGAUCCCUCCUGAACAAAAUUGGCUUUAACCAUCAAGCUUCUUUCUUGUUUUUUCAAAACUUGGUAAUUCCCUGCUCAUCUCCCUUAAUUUGGUACGGUAACGUUCAAGGAAGAAGAAUAUGUUUCCCGCAUUUAUUUCUUUGCAGCACUCUCUCUAUCUUAUCUUGAACCUUGAUUCCAGGGUGCUAGGGGAUGUAGGUCUUGAAUGAUAGCAGGAUAUGCCAAUAUCCAUGCCAUCUCUCACCGCCUCUGUUGCCACCACUUUCUGGGUAUCCUUAAUACAGAGUUCCACCACCAUCCCUGCAUUCUAGCUACCCCUCAUAUGCAACUCCACCACCACCACCUGCUGAAGCCAAGUUAAUUGUCCACCAGCUCCAAUCCAGUGCUGUCAAUAUUGUUCUCCUCCAAGUCCUUAUAUAUUUCAUCCUGAUGCUAGCCAUUCAGCUUCCCCUUAUUCUUUCCAGUCCUUUUCAAUCCUGCUAGUCUUAUUGGUGGUAUAGUUCUAUGUCAGUUUUCUAUUAUAAGACUUUUGAUGUCCAAGGAGUACAUUGGAUACCUAAAAUAUAUUGCUCUAAUGUUCUUUGUUUAACUUGUUUUGUGAUAACCUAGUUUACUGUCACCGUUCUGAUACUUCCAUCCGUAUUGACAAUAAAUAUAUGAAGCUUCUGUUGCUUUAUGUCCCUUUGAUACAGCCAACGAAUUUCAUUCAGGUUCAUACUUAAUUAGACAGGAAACAUAUUUCUUGAUUAAUCCCUGUUAUGUUGCUGAUUACUAAUACCAGGAAUCCAUGUCUGCAUUUUAGAGGAUCUUCUGUUUUUUAACGUGUAGGAAGGCUAUUAAUUGUGUCUCUGGCUUUCUGCCAAGUAGCAGAAAAUGCUUAUCUUUGAUUCUGCACCUGCCUUGCUUGAUUGUUAUUUUAUAAUUUUAAUUUUCAUUAUUUCUGUUUGCUGCUUAUGGUACUCUGUUUGUCUGUUCAAUAUAGUCAGUCUUUCCAU